GAGGAGUGGGUGUGGGGCAAAGAGUGCGCAUUGGGGAAAGAAGGGGAAGGGCGCCUGGGGGAGCGGUGAGGAGGCAUGGAGGCGAGAAUAAGGCUGAUUCUGUGAGUGGGGAAGAUGGUACGAGAGGGCAGGAAGAGCAAAGGAAGGGGGAGGAGGAAAAGAGGGGGGAGAAGGACGAGGAGGAAAGGAGGGGGUGGGAGAAGGGCGAGGAGGAAAAAAGGAGGGGGGAGGAGGAAAGGAGGGAAGACUGGGAAGGAGAAAGGAAAAGGGAGGAGAGGGACGAGGAGGGAGGCUAUGCUGUGAGGGAGGACGAGGAGCGAGCACCCCUUCUCGUCUGUCCUGAUGGGGAGGGCAGUGUGGGGAGUGGGGUGUUGAAUGAGUGUGAGAAAGAGGAGCGGGGUGCAUGUGACAUAGAUUGUCGAGGUGUAAUGGGGAAAGGGGAGGAAGUGGGGGAAAAUGUGUGGGAAGAUGUGGAGUUGGGAGAAAGUGGGGGAGUAGGAGAAGCUGAGGGGUUGGUGGAAGAUAGGGCAGCACUUCAAAACACGGUGGUGCGGCAAAGGGAGGUGCAGCAAGGGGAGGUGCGGCAAGGGGAGGUGCGGCAAGGGGAGGUGCGGCAAGGGGAGGUGCGGCAAGGGGAGGUGCGGCAAGGGGAGGUGCGGCAAGGGGAGGUGCGUCAAGGGGAGGUGUGGCAAGGGGAGGUGCGGCAAGGGGAGGUGCGGCAAGGGGAGGUGCGGCAAGGGGAGGUGCGGCAAGGGGAGGUGCGUCAAGGGGAGGUGCGGCAAGGGGAGGUGCGGCAAGGGGAGGUGCGGCAAGGGGAGGUGCGGCAAGGGGAGGUGCGGCAAGGGGAGGUGCGGCAAGGGGAGGUGCGGCAAGGGGAGGUGCGGCAAGGGGAGGUGCGGCAAGGGGAGGUGCGGCAAGAGGCGCACACAAGCGUGCAGAAAGGGCGGAAGAGGAGCAGGCGUGAUGCAGGAAACGAGACUCGUUUGGAGUCAGCACAAAGCAUUCAAGAUCGGUGGAUGAGCAAGGAGCGGGCAGCAGCUAGAGUUGGAGCACCUCGGAGAGAGGGGUUUACAAGGAGAGGGGCGAUGAGAAGUAGAAGGUGUGUAGGAGAAGAAGAAAGAGGAGGAGGAGGAGGAGGAGGAGGAGGAGGAGGAGGAGGAGGAGGAGGAGGAGGAGGAGGAGGAGGAGGAGGAGGAGGAGGAGGAGGAGGAGGAGUAAAAGAGGAGGGGGCAGGUUCAAAGACAAGGCAACUGAAACGCGACCUGAGGCAGCAGAGGAGAUACUUGGGCACGAAGGUGCAUCAUUUUUUGGGGAGGGGACGUCGAUGCAAGCUGAGGAAACACCUGAAGGCAACAGAGAAGAAGCACCUGAGGCGGAAAGAGAAGCUCCUGAAGGAGGAAGAGACUCACCUGAGGCAGAAGGAAGGACACCUGAAGCAACAGAAAGAUCAUCUGAGGCAGCAGGGGGAGCACCUGAACGAGGAAAAUUUUCACCUGAGGCAAAAGGAAGAACACCUGAACCAUCAGAAAGAGCACCUGAGGCAGCAGGAGGAGCACCUGAAGCAGCAGAACGAUCACCUGAACGAUCAAGAAAACCACCUGAAGCGUAGGAGACAGCAGGUGGAGCUUCAGUGGUGCGGAGGGGCGCACUCAGAUCGGAAGGGUUGCCUCAACUGCCGCUCUGUACGUCCUCGGGGUUUGGGAAGAGGGGUUGGCGUGAGUGAUGGGGAGGGAGUGGGGAUGGUGCGGGAUGGAAGGAGGAGAGGAAGGGAAGUUGCGGUGAGUGAUGGCAUAAGGGUGGGGUUGGUGGAAGAUGGAUUGAGAGGAGGCGUGGUGAACGGAGGGAGAGGAGGGAGGGUGGUGAAGGAUGAGAAAGAAGAGUGGUUUGGGUGGAAAAUGGAGGGAGAGUAG